AUGACAGGCGUGAGCCGCCGUGCCCAGACUAAUGCAGACAUUUUUGACACCACGUUUAUCCGUGUCUGCGCAAGACGGAAGAAGCUCCGGCUGCCUGCCCUGCCCUCCCUGCUGCACGAGGAUGUGGGGCCGCUGGACCCUGCUGCUCGCGGGCGCCCUUUCCGCCGCUGCAGCUCAGCCCCCUUGCUGCGCGGAGGCCAGAGCCUCCAGGCCUCCGCGCCCCGGGGGAGGUGGGCCCCCAGCAUCCCUCGCCCCUCCUACAGGGUCCAGGCUGGCGCCGGACGGCGGGAUGGCGACGGCGGACGGGGCCAGGCACACCUGGGAAAGCAGGACCGAAAAGGCGAGCCCGUGGCGUUCGACCUCAGCAUCUCGGGAGCCGGCGACGCUGGCCCCUACAAGUGCAAGGCCGAAGCCUUCCGCUGCGCGAAGUACAGCCGCGACUUCAACUUCAGUGUUGUGGAGCCGGUGACCGCCCCAGAGCUGAGCAUCACACUGCUGCUGCUGUUCCCGGGGCUCCUGGUGGUGUUGCUCAUCCUUCUCGUCCUGGCCUGGUGGACACAGCGCUCCUGCCCAGGAGCCUCCACCAUCAACAGCGUCCACAUGGAGAGCCUGCCGGAUUGGACGGUCACCAAUGGGCAGAACCUGAGCCUGCUGUGCGUGGUGGACAUCAGCUCCACCUCGUGGGUCAAGCCGCUGCGCCGCGUGCUGUUCUUCAAGGACGACGUGCUGCUGCGUGAUGUGUCCUCCCGGGAGAGUGUGGAGAACGUCUCCAUCGCCCACGCCCGAGUCCACGACUCGGGCACGUACAAGUGCACCGUGGUCCUGAACAACAAGGAGAAGACCACGCGCGAGUACCAGGUGUCAGUGCUAGGAGUGCCCCGCCCCAGGGUGACGCUGGACAAGAGAGAGGCUGUCGAAGGCGGGGUCGUGACGGUCAAUUGCUCCGUCCCGGAGGAAAAGGCCCCCAUACACUUCACGGUCGAGAAGGUCGAGCUGGACUCGAAGGUCGCCAAGCAGAGGCGGGAGAAGACGUCGAGGGCCCAGAACUUCGUGGCACUGGAGUUCCCGGUGGAGGAGCUGGACCACGUCCUGUUCUUCCGCUGCCAGGCUCGGAUUCUCUCCGGGAUUCGCGUGGAGACCUCGGAGGCCGCCCGCAGCGAGCUGGUCACCGUGCGGGAGUCCUUCUCUGUGCCCAGGUUCCACGUGCGUCCUGUCGGGACCAUCACGGAGGGAGACCUGCUCCACGUGGCCUGCACCAUCCAGGUCACGCCCCAGGCCCGUGAGUUCCCAGAGAUCAUCAUCCAGAAGGACAAGGCCAUUGUGGCCACCAGCUGGCACAGCAGCGAGGCCGUGUUCACUGCAGUGGCCAUGACCGAGCACAGCGGCAACUACACGUGCAAGGUGGAGUCCAGCCGCAUCUCCAAGGUCAGCAGCGUCAUGGUCAACAUCACAGAACUGUUUUCCAGGCCGAGGCUGGAGCCCUCCUCCAUGCUCCUGGACCAAGGCGAGUUCCUGAGCCUGUUGUGCUCGGUCCCGGGGGCGCCGCUGGCCAACUUCACCAUCCAGAGGGGGGACACGGUUGUAUCACAGACUCAGAAUUUCUCCACGACAGCCUCGGCGUGGGACAGCGGCACAUACACCUGCACCGCAGGCAUCGGCCCCGUGGCCAAGAGAAGCAACGCGGUCCAGGUGACCGUGUGUGAAAUGCUCUCCCGGCCCCGGAUUUCCCAUGAUGCCGGGCCUGAAGUCAUCAGGGGCCAGAGCGUGGAGAUCCACUGCCAGUCCACCAACGGGACUUGGCCUGUUUCGUACCAGCUCCGAAAAGCGGGCGAAGUCUUGGAGCGCCUCACCCAGGGCUCCAAUGACCCUGCGGUGUUCCGGGACAGCCCGCCCACAGAUGUGGAGUACCAGUGCGGAGCGGACAACUGCCACUCACACGCCGAGAUGCUCAGCGAGGUGCUGCGGGUCAGGGUGGUCGUGCCGGUGGACCAGGUGCAGCUGUCCAUCCUGCGGAGCGAGGUGGCAUCCGGGGAGGACCUCGUGCUGCGCUGCUUUGUGAACAGGGCUUCCAGGCCCAUCACCUACAGGUUCCACAGGGAAGGGGCGGCCGGGCCCUUCCACCAGGUGACGCUGAACGACACCCAGGCUUUCUGGCACAAGCCGCAGGCCAGCAAGGAGCAGGCGGGGGAGUACUACUGCACGGCCUUCAACCGGGCCAACAUCGCCAGGAGUGUCCCCCAGAGCAAGACGCUUACGGUCAGAGUCUACCUCGCCCCGUGGAUGAAAGGCCUCAUCGCAAUGGCUGUCAUCGGGGUGCUCAUCACAGCGCUGAUCGCUGGGGCCAAGUGCUACCUUCAGAGGAAGGCCAAGGCCAAGCAGAUGCCUGUGGAGAUGUCCAGGCCGGCAGUGCCACUUCUGAACUCCAACAAUGAGAAGGUGUCGGACCCCAAUGCGGAGGCCAACAGUCACUACGUUUACAGUGGCGAUGUGGCAGAUCACGGGAUGAGACCACCACACGACAAUAAAGAGGCCCCACACGCAGAUGUGGAGUACACAGAGGUGGAGGUGUCCUCGGCCAGGCCGCACCCAGCUCCAGGAGCAAAGGGCACAGAGACAGUGUACAGUGAGAUCCGGAAGGCCAAGCCCGGUGAGUGA